UAAAUGACAUGUUUCAAUUUAAAAUUCAACUGUUGUAUAUACAAUAUUAAUUUUAAGUUUCUUUGGGUAGUUUUAGGAUGCCAUUAAAGAAAAUUAACAGUGAGGCAAAUUUGCUUCCCGUUGUUUGGCCAUAUGGUUUGCCCAAACGAAACCUUGUAUUAGUAAAUAUUAUGUGCAGAACAUUAAGAAGUUUUGAUCUAUUUUUGUCAUUUUUUUCAAAAAAAUUGAUAAUAAGAAGCUACCUAUAAUUUUUUCUUGCUGAUUGAUUGAACUUCAACACAGGCUACAAGAAUGUAUUAUCUUUGUUCUCAAGAUUGUUUAAAUUGAUAAUGCACUUAUCAUUAAGUAUGUUGUAUGUAAAGAGGCCGCAUAUGUGUCUUUACUUUUCUAGAACAACAAUAGGUGUAUGUAUUUUAAAUAUCUUUUUUGGGAUUUAAACUUGAUACUUCAAAUUGUGCAAUGAAAACUUUUUGGAAACUUUGAUUCAAACCAACUGUUGUAAUUUGGUGUUUCCACUAUUUUCAAUUUCAUCUCUAGCUGAGAAACUAUAUAGUAAUCGCGUAUUCUUUCUAAUUAGAUAGAUACAGUAUAAUUUGUUGCUUGUUACAAAUGUUGUUUUAGUUAUUCAUCUGUAGUUCUGCUAAAGCAAGCAAAUCAUAUUCUUUUGAUAUCAAUCAUUAUUAUGUAAUCUGAUCCUUUUUAAUUUUGUUCCGUAUAACACAAUCCUUGCAACUAUUACAAUCGUUUUUUGAAAUUGUGAUUACAUCAUGAAAAGAUUUUUUCUGCCCAAUCCUAGUUUGUUUUUAAUCGAAAGUCGUUUAAUGCAAUAUUAUAUGAAGUUGCACCAGGGGAUAUAAACUGUAAAGACAUAGGUGUUUUGGCAAUUUUGGCAAGGAUUGUAGUUGUUGCUUCUGCAUGGUAUUAUUUUGUGUAAAUUAAAUACAUUUUCCAUUAUUAUCUUCAUAUGCCUAGACCAAAUUAUGCUGCAUAUUGUUUUUUUGUAGAGGAUUUAAAUUUUUUAGAAUAUGCUCAAGAGUGGUGGCAUUUAUUACUCACUUCUCAAUGAUGCCUGUGUUGACCUGUUUAAGUAGAUUGAGAACAUUGUUGAAAAAUAUUUUGCGUUGCUUGACUAGGAUUUUUUUAAUGCAUUAAGAUAAUUAUGUUUAUAGGUGUGCAAGUAGAAGGUCAUGUGGUAUGAACAAGUAGAAGGUCAUCCCCCAUGUCUUGGACAUAUCUGGUAGACUGCCUAAAAAAUUUUUCUAUUCUAAAAAAUAUUUUCACAAAAAUAGGUUCUAAGUCAUGAGAGCUUUUCAGGUUAUGUCCCUGGACACCACUGAUUAUGCACUAAUUUAUUGUUGUCAACGGAAUGGUCCGUGUUGUUUUUCUAAAUUUCAGUUUCCUUCAAGUUAAAAAUCCACUUAGCGCUCCCUUGCCUCACUUUUCUUACUCCUUGCAAAUUACCGCAGUAUGGUUAUUCAGGAUCCGUUUAAGGCUGGUUUAAUUUGUACCUCUGUCACGAAACACAAACUCCGGAAGUCUGUAGUUUUCUGUAUAAAUCUCGCGAAAAAAAUUUUGGUGCUCCACAAGGCAGUGUGUUAAAGCCAUUUUUAUUUCUACUGAACCAAUGGUUCUACUCACACGCGUCUUGAUUGGCUAAUAUUGACUGACGGAUCACUUUUCUUUUUAAGCGCUUCGGGCUUCCGUAUAUAUCUUAUCCCAAAAGAACAAAUAAUAUAUUUUACUUUUUCUUUAACCCUAUCGCCUCAAAUGCAUUUUAAACAUGGGAGGUAGCAGAUUUACUUUGGGCCGAUUUAGAGUUAUUUAUCCCUCUUUACAAAUCUAAGGCCUGAGAUACACGACACCAAAUUUAUAUAAGCCAUGUAUUUCACGCCACGAUUCUCGCUGAGUGGCUGACCUGGCUGUAAACAAGCGUCCUACAAAUAUGAAAAACUCAUGCAAAACCCAUCCAUUUUUCUUUCAUUUUUUUUUAAUCCAUACCCCUGAAAUUAAUUUAUUAAUCAGUAGGGGUAUAUAAGUGGUAUUUUCAAGGCAAGUUCCUCCUAUCCAAAAGCUUCUGGAUACGAAAGCCUGUUUAAUUAUCUAAUUUUUCUUCUCACGCUUCAAUUCCAUGGAAAGAAUCUAUAACAAAAAACUCUGAAGAACAAUAGGAAUCUCGAGCCUCCUGCCGGCCUCGUUAUGACAUGAUGAAAACUGUAUGAGGCCGUAAAUUUUUGAACACGAAAAAGGCGCACAUGGUGCAUGAGAUGCUAUACGGCAAAACAGGUUUCUGAAAGCUGUAAGAUGGCAGAGAAAAGCCUUCAAGGGCUAAAACCACUGAGGUUAAAGAUAUCUUACCCUGGAAUUGAUCACGUCAUGGUCCUUGUUUCAAGAGAUGGUUCAAUAUCAGAUUUGAAAAAUGAAAUGCAAGAAACUUUAAAAAGGCUUUUUCCUCACCAAAUAUUUUGUCCCAUCAAUCAUCUUCGAAAAGACAAAGGGAAAGUAAUCUUGCCAGACUGGUAUCCUGUAGAACCUCUUCUCGAUGACAAUGAAGAGGUUUUUGUCAAUUAUGAGCCUUUAAACUCAGAAUGUGCAGCACAUAGCAAAAGAAGUGCUGGAUCCUUCCAAACACAGUGCAGUCAAACACAUUGUCCAUUUGAAAGUGAUAAACAAGCACAAAAUCAUAUGCUAGACAAAGAUGCUCUUCCAUCAAGUAUCAAACAUGCUGCUGAUUUUGCCAACAGUUUGAUCCCUAUUGUACUGCCAGAUAUAAACGCUGGCAAUGAUAGAAAAAGGAAAAGUAAAGCUGAGGAAGAUGGUUUGUGUGAAGACUUAGAAGACGCCAAGGCAGCUACAGAAUCGCAAGGUGUUUCUGACUUUAAAAAGCAGAAGGCUAACGAGGAAACUCGUGAAAAUUCAGAAUUUAAUAGACCUGGCUCUAUACUAGAUGAAUUGAUUUCAAAUAAGCCCCCUGAUUCGAAAUCAACCCAAAAGGGAACGGAGGAUACUGACCCUUGUAGCAAGAUAUGUUUUGAUGAAAAUAGUGAACAAAAGAAAAAGAAGAAAAAGAAGAAGCGAAAAGCUUCGACCGAGUUGGCGGUAGAAAGCGUAGAAGAGGUACUUUCACAAACUGUUUGUAAAGCAAAUGAAACAAGUGAUAUGUCAGAUCAUCCUGGUAAACACCUUAAAGACCGAAAGCGACAGAGACGGGAAAUCAGUAAUUCGGAAACAAAGCAAGAAAUUGGGAAGAUGGAUGCGAGUGAAAAACACAAAGAAAGGGAAGAGGAUGGGAAAGCAUUCAGUAGGGAAGGGCAAAAAGAUGUAGAGCCAGACAUGAGUGAAAAACGUACAGAUGUUGAAAGUAUUGCAGAAGGUAUUAAGAAGAAGAAGGGAAGAAAAAAGCGUAACAGUAAAGAACAAUUAUUUAGUGGGUCAAGUGUUGCUAGCAGUAAUUUAAAGGAGUCUGGCAUUGGUAGCGGAAGCUCUCCUGUUGAAAUGACAAAACAUGACAAGGUAUUAAAUGCUGCAGAAUUUCCAGUGUGUAAAGGAGAAGAAACUAAAGACAAAGAUAAUUCAAAGUCACUCUUAGAAAUAAAUGAUACUAAAAAUGAUGACUUUGAAAGCCAAGAGAAGAAAACAAACACCUUGUUUGCAAAUAAUAAAGAACAGUGCGUUGAUAAAACUACGUUAGCUGACCCAUCUGAGGUGAAAGAGGAAGUGACUGUUAGAAGCAAGAAAAAACGACAUAGAAAAGAAAAGCAGAAAGUAAAUGAUAAAGUUAAUCAAAACAAUCCACCAGAUUCGAAUCAGGCGUCAUUUAGUAUAUGUGAGUCUGGAGUUCCAUUUGCUGAUAAGAGUGGUGCGGGGAAAAAUGAAAAUGAAAAAAGAAGUUCUGAGAAAGAGAAUGAUGCUUGUUCAGAGAUUUUACCAAUGUUACCAAAUAUGACAGAUAUCGCUAACGAAACACGCCCUUCGAAAGCUAAAGUAUCAGCCCACAAUGCCCCUAUACCUGCCUUACUGACAGGGGCUGUUGCGAAGGAUACAAAAACAACUCUUAAUGCAAAACCGACCUUCGACUACGAAACCGAUGCCGAGACACAUAAUAUUAAAGCAAAAAUAAAAGAGGUUGUGAAUGAGCUCAUUGAAGAAUCAGAUCACUCGCAAAGUAUGAUUCAAGGUCCCCUUAAAUUUGCCACAAAACUUGCUAGCGAUUCUGAUGUGACCAAGAAAGCUACUGAUACCCAAGUUAAAAAUGCUUACACCCUUAAAAAGAGUAGGAAGUCAGAAGUUUUAGAACAGGGAAAGAUCAAAGUGUUAACAUCUGCACAGCCGGCUAAAAAUGUCAAUUUGAGUGCUUCGAAAAGAAACGAAAUUACUGAAAAGAGUAUCAACAAAACCCCUCACAAAAAUCAUAAUAGUGAUGAUGAUGACGACGAUGAUAGAAAUAAAAAGAGAGGUGACGAAAGUUCUAGUUCUGAAACAAGCAGCAUAACAUUCAGUGAUUACGAUUCGCCACAAGUAACUAAGAAGAAAAAUGUCACUGCAAAGUCUCCAGGGAAAAAAUUGUCAGCAACAUUUUCUGUGAAAAAAGAAGAGGAUAAACAUGUUGACUCCUCAAGAGGUUUAUUUACUCCAUCUGCUGAUGACAAAAAUGAAGGCAAAAAUGGCUCCAAAAGGCGAAAAUCCAUUUCAGCAUCCAGUACGAAAAAGUCUGUCGAAAAAGUGAAUAAUUGGCUUUCGCAGAUCUCAGAAGGACUGUCCUCAGACCCUGAAACUGUUGACCAUGUGGACGAAGGACAAGCAGCACCAGAAAAAAGAGAGGAAUCUUUCUUGGUAUUAGAAACUACUGUUGAAAAAGAGGAGGAAGGAGAUAAAAAAAAGGAUAUCGUCACGAGCCUUGAUAAAGGUAAAUCUGAUGGCGGGAAGGUCUCCCAAAAAUAUACACAGGAAGAAGAAAAGAGCGAAUUCAAGAAACCAGGCAUCGAAAGAAGAACGAGUAGCCGUAGGCAGAGCAAAAUAUCGCAUGAGAGAGAAGGGAUCUCUGAAACUGAUAAAAAUAUGGCUUCAGCUACACCCAAAGAACAGGCUGGGGCAAGGAAGAAGGAGGAGAAGUCACCAAAGAAAACUGAAGAUACAGGUAAGAGUCGUGAUGAUGCAAAAGACGGGGCAAAAGGAAAAUCACACAGUCCUGUGAAAGAUUUGAAAUUCGAAAAGAAGACGAAAGUAGAAGAUAAUGAAGAUGGAGAUGUACAUUUAAACUUUGAUAAUUUAUUUGAAGAUGCAUCCUCAGUCGUAUCAACAAAAAUCAAAGCGCCUGCAAAAUCACAGUCAGUUCGGAAACCUCUCAGUGGCUUUCUCAGCUCGGCAGAUCGUCUCCGAUUUAAAAGUAAAGUGCAAAAUACAAAGCAUAGUGGAGAUAAAGACGCAAGUGCAAGACUGAAUAAAACAAUAAGGUAACUUUUUGGUUACUUAAACCCAAAGAAACUUUUUGGAAGGAUUGGCUUAUACUUAGAAGUCCGUGAAUGGUGAUAAUACCUUCAGCCUCUCAGUAACUACAACCUCUUAUUAAAUACAGCCUCCUAAUGUGUAAGGCCUCGUAUUAAAUACAGUCGUUGCAGCUUGGGCUGUUCCAGUUUCUCUGUAAAUAGAAGAAAAAAGUGUUAAAGACCUCCAGCAAUGACAAUUUUGUAUUAAUGACGGGAGGUUCUGCAAAUAAAUUUUUAAAUUACUUACAUAUGCAAUAUUAUGUUAUGUUCUUGUUUGAAGUGGCAUAAGCCAGAAGAAGAUUUUGUAAAAAUGUAAUUUUGAUAGGUUUCUUAUAUAAGGGAUGGACAAUUCCAGUAUAAAAGAUGGUCUCGAGGCCUCCCGGUGGGAGACAAGCAGCUCUUUCUUUGGUCAUCUGCAUCUGGAACGCCGACGGGUCACUAGAGAAUCUGAUCUUCCAUUUGACCAAAUACAAAUAGCUAGCUAACACAAAAACUAGGGUACCAGGGCCACAAAAAUUCGAGAGCAGAAAUAGGAGGUAGGAGUGGAGAAGCGGAGGAACGUCUAGAUGGGAAGAAGGACGCUCCUCUGCUUGGCAUUCUGUUUAUGCGCUCAAAAGUCUGUGGCUCUUGUACCCAUGGUACACGGGGGUCCGAUUUAUCCACCUCUGUUAUAUACGCAUUUACUGAACUUUUUUAUGUGAUGCGAAUAAUCCACUGCAAUGGUCCUUGCAUUUCAAAUUAUAUUGUCUCCUGUUUUAUAUUGAACAAUGUGUAUAUCUAAGUCGCUAAAUAGGUUUUGUUUUCGAAACCUAAUUGAUGUCUUUAAUAAGUUUAAGUGUAAAGCCUAGACGAUAAAUGAAAUUCUAGACUCCUAAGCAGUAUUUUUUCUCGCCUCAUACCAAAUUCUACCCUGAAAGGAAUUUUUUAUUUUUGUAGAUAUUAUCAAUUUAAGGACCUUAUUGAUCUAUUCUGAGAUGCAAAUUGAUUUAACUAUGCAAAGCCUGUUUGUACUGAAUAUAUUUAACACGUCAUCAGUGCACAAUAUCAGAACCUUAUGAUCAAGUCGAAUAAAACGAUAAAAGUUAGCGCAAAGUCCAGCCACAUAUAGGCUUUAACCUAAAUUCAUUGAUUCAACUAUUGGAACAUUUGAAUAGCCGUAUGUCAUGCUUAUCAUAUCAAUAAACAGAAAUAACUAACUUUCGCCUGAAUAAACGAAAUUCCUGAAAAUUUUGAGAACGUUUUAAUGAUAUGAACGAGCAUUUUGCUGUUUGAAAAUGUAAUUUAAUCAAGUUCAGAAGAACUAUUGGUAACUUGGAAGGGGGUGAAAUAAAACUGAUAAAAAGUGGACGUAGGAUCACGAAGAAGACAGAAAAAAUGAGUUAGAAGUGAAAAUUUAAAUAAUUGACGAUGAUUAUUGUUUGAAAUGUUUAUACAAGAUCAACGUGCAGAAACUUUCUUUAAGUUAUGCAAAAUAAUUAGUGUAAGAAAACCUGUCAGGUUUCAUCAAAGUAGUUUUUGCUGUUUUUGUAUGAUCUCUUCUGCAUCAGUUUCGUCAACAGCUAUGUAGUCAUCAGGAUCAUCAAGCUUGCCAAGAGUCUACACCAACAAACCAGACAAAACAUGUCCAAUCAAAGAUUUACAUUUCAUAUUCUUUACCAGUCUCGUAAACAGUACUAGAAACUCCUUUUUUUACCUAUCCAAGUAUUACCUUUCACAAAAAGCAUUUCCUUAUUAAUAAAAUGCCUGUGUCGAUGAAGCCUGUGGUUAUAUAACUCUUACCAAAUAACGUACGUUCAGUCUCUGCCAAAACUCCUAGGAACACCUACAU